GAGGCUAACUUUGUUCAAUUGCUAUGAGUUGAGAUUUUUAGUUGAGAGUUAGAUUUCACUACUCUAGUGCAGGGGUUCAGCUCUUUAUUUAUCAUAUUUAGAGUUCCAUACUCAUCUUUGACGAUCGGUUUCUAACCUGUCGACGGAGGGUCCCCAGAGUGCAAACGGCCGCUGAAAAUAUAAGGGCUGAGCCGAUUAGGUAGGGUGCGGAAGAUUGCUGGGGAGCGCCAUCAUCAUUACCUCGCAGUAGAUAGGAAUCGCAGAUGAGAAGAACAUUCUGUUGCUCACCUUUUGCUCCAAUCCCGGUCAAAGUAACCUGAUUUAGCCGUUUGCUUGAAACUGAACAUAUGGACCGUCUUUCCAAUGCGUUUUCUGUGCUGGACCUCGACGCUGAAGAUGAUCAGGUGGACGCCGUCAUGUCGUCAUCGGUUUCUUCUUCCACCCAAGUUAAACCAGUCUCUACCAAUAAAACGGAAACGAGUCGGAACAUUGUAAAUGGAUCACUCUCUGGUCUGGAGAUAGAAAAUGGGAAACAGAUUGGACAAAAUCUAGUUACAUCUGCGGUGGAGUACAAGAUGCCUCUUGUUUGGAUUGACAUGGAAAUGACUGGUUUGAAUAUUGAAGUUGAUAGAAUACUGGAAAUUGCGUGUAUAAUAACAGAUGGCAAUUUGACUAAGUCAGUGGAGGGUCCUGAUUUGGUUAUCCAUCAGAGUAAAGAGUGCUUAGAGAAGAUGGGAGAAUGGUGUCAAAGUCAUCAUGCAGCUAGUGGUUUGACAGAGAAAGUGCUAGAAAGUUCAGUGAGUGAAGAGGAGGCUGAAAAGCAGGUAAUGGAAUUUGUUAGGAGACAUGUUGGUACAUACUCACCUCUUUUGGCAGGAAACUCGGUUUAUGUAGAUUUUCUGUUUUUAAAGAAAUACAUGCCAGAUUUGGCUAGUCUCUUCUCUCAUGUUGUUGUUGAUGUUAGCAGUGUUAAGGCUUUGUGUAUCCGCUGGUAUCCCAGAGAUCAUAGGAAGGCCCCUUCAAAGGAAAAUAAACAUAGAGCCAUGGAUGACAUUAAGGAGAGCAUUCGAGAGCUGAAAUUCUAUAAGGAGAAUAUAUUUAAGGCAAAGUCUAAGAAGUAGACGUUUACCAUCUAAUGGUAAUUGCCACACUUGCUAGCUUUUUCUGAAGAUAGGUUCAUCACUUGGUCAAGGGAUGAUGAAUUGUUGUUUGAAAUAUUGUCUUUAAAUUGUUAGCAUCAUUAAAUUUAAAUAGAUGUCUCAGAUAUGUGGUUCCAACAGAGAUGGAUUUACACAUUUUUGCAUGUAUUAUUACAAACAAAUUACGGUUGUGGGAGAGUGGAGGAUUUUGGAUUUAGUUUUAUCAAUCCCUUCAUUUACGAGGGAAAAAAAAUUAAUAAAUUUUUAUGCAAUCAUGCUUAUUUCAAAUA